CGUCUGUUAAUCAGUACCUCGUGAUUUAGAACUGUUACUAAAGUCGAAUACUUAAUUUUGUUUGCUUCCUCAAAUGACCUUUGGCAGACUUUCAGCCAAAGAUGGUGUAACACAGGCAGGAGCGUGAACGUUAUUUUCUGCUCCAAGCUAAAGAUGAGGGGAAACUAUAAGAUAUUUUGUCUCAGUGGGCUUCUUAUUGUUUUCUUAUAUAACACAGCUGGUCAAACAUGCAGGGGACGCUGUGGAGAUGUACUGAAGAAGUGCUCCUGCCAUGCCACCUGUAUGUCUUUGAUGAGCUGCUGUGCAGACUACAAUCAGUCCUGUUUCCAGGUGAUGCCUCAUUCCAGCUCCAUGCUGGGCGGAAAAGCGCUCAGGAUCCUCGGAUUGGACCUUCAUCCCCAUGGGCAGCUUCUCUGCAGGUUUAAAGGUGAAAUUUUACGUGAUGGAUUUAUUGAUGCUGAGGGCCGUGCAUACUGUAUUUCUCCUCUGUUGUAUGAGACGGGUUGGAUACCAUUUGAUGUCUCAACAGAUGGCAUUAAGUUUGACAGAUCUGCACAGUAUUUCUCAGUCCAUCCAAGUAAAGCAGAUCCUGCUUAUAAAGUUACCCUGGUGAAUGCAACGCAGUGGCAAUACUACGGCACGCCGAAUGUGGCAGGACGACUUGAGUUUACUUGGAAUAGUUCUUUGAUCAGCACAGAGAAGGUCAACAUAGAGCUGUGGGGUUACAGAGAGUUUAAAGCAAAAGAAGAGACAAAUGCAUCAGCCCUUUUAGAGGCCGAGCUGCGGUAUCUGUAUUCUCUUGGAAGGAAUCUGACCAACACUGGUGCCUUCAGCUUCAUCCCUGAGCCCAAAGAGGACUACUCUGACUGGGAGUUGGGCAAUAUCCGCAUUACUGCGAGUUCUAACGUGGAAGGAGCAAGAGAUGUACAAGGCCUCUGGAGUGGAGGCCACGUGUUGGCCUGGCACCUGGAGCAGGCUUUCAGAGAAAACUCUGCAGCCUGGGCACACAAUAAGUGUCUGAAAUGGGAUGUCCUGGAGGAAAACCUGCCAAACUUCCUGAGUGAACUCAUCGACUGUCCUUGCACACUGGCUCAGGCCCGAGCAGAUACAGGCAGGUUUCAUACUGAUUAUAGUUGUGACAUUGAGAGAGGGAGUGUGUGCACUUACCAUGCAGGUUGUGUCCACUGUGUCCGAGCAAUUCAUGCCAGUCCUAUCCGUGGAUCAGGGCAGCAGUGCUGCUAUGACAGCACAGGUGCUCUGGUGCUGACUGGAGACUCAGUUGGUGGAAGCACCCCAGACAGGGCUCACGACUGGGGCUCGCCACCCUACAUUAAACCCCCACGGGUGCCAGGGUAUUCCCACUGGCUUUAUGAUGUCAUGAGCUUCUACUACUGCUGCCUGUGGUCGCCACACUGCCAUAUAUACUUAAAACGUCGACCUUCAAGUGGGUGUCAAAGCUACCAACCACCAAGAGCAGGUGUCGUCCUCGGGGAUCCACAUUUCAUAACGUUCGACGGCCUCAGGUACACUUUCAAUGGCAAAGGAGAGUAUUACCUUGUGUCUUCACCAGAAAAAGGCCUGAGUGUUCAGGCCAGAACAGAACAGGUGAAACUUAAGAACGGUACUUUGGCCAAAGCCACACGGCUGUCGUCAGUGGCUAUGAAACAGGAUGCAUCAGAUGUCAUUGAGGUGCGUGUAGCAGGGGUCCAUCUUCAGGUGCUGAGGAACCAAAACAUCCUACCAUUCACUGAACAGAGAUGGAUGGACCUGCAUGGAGUGUAUGUGUUCAGCCCCAUUCCUGGGAAUGUGACUGUAAUCUUUUCCUCCGGUGUUGGCGUGGAGGUUCGUCUGUAUGAAGGAACCAUGGCAGUGACUGUGCUGCUUCCAGGAGAGUUUUACAACCACACCCAGGGUCUCCUUGGCUCAAUGAACUCUGACCCAUCAGAUGAUCUGACCAUCCAACUCGGAGAAGUCAUCUCAUCAGCUGAUGCCACGUUGGAAGAAAUCUUUGCCUUUGGAGCCAGCUGGAACAUUUCAAAGAAAUCCUCCCUUUUCACAUAUGAUUCAGAGGACCUUUUGGAUAUGUACAAUAUCCCACCGAGCCAUGACCCCACUUUUGGUCCAGCCUUUUCUCUACCCGAGAGCCUUGAUGACCCUUUGGUGGCAGAAAUGUUGACAAUGUGUCAUGGAGAAGGGUCACAGUUUUGUAAAUAUGAUACCCUGACGACUCGGGACCUCACAGUGGGAAAUGCCACACUCAAGGCCUACCAGAAACACCAAGCCCUACUGCAUGCCCUGAAACCAGCUGUGUCUUGUGGCUGGCUUCCCACACCAAGGAAUGGGAGGAAGAAUGGGACUGAUUACCUGGAGGGGAGCACGCUAAGCUUCACCUGCAACAAAGGCUACAUAAUGUAUGGAUCUGCAGAGCGUACCUGUCUGGGUGAUGGGACCUGGACAGGAGAUCAGCCCUUCUGUAUUACAGACGAUAAAGUGGGCUUUGUUCUCGGUGCUGUUGGUUCCCUCUUAGCACUCGUCACUGUGGGAAUAAUAAUCAGUCUACACAACAGGAAACAAAAAAGAGAAAGGAAAGACAAACCAAUCCAGAUGGUGAACCAACAGCAGCCUUGCUAAACUCUCAAAGUCCUUUUGAAUUAUGGAUCAACCAUAUCAACAAUGGCCACAAAUAUGUUCAGAGCUGAGCAUUUGGAAACCAAACAACACAGUUGCACUACAGAAUAGGACGGUGCUCUUCUCUUGACCUGUUGACCUUAUCAAGAAAACCUCAGGCGUUAGGCUUUCAGUCUGUUGUUUGGCCUCAUGUUUUUCUUCUUGUUUAGGUUGGAAAACCUCCAGGUUGUGGUAAAUGGUGCAUGGGGUGACGAUUGAGGGAACUGAAGAAAAGGAAAAAUGCCAUGAUUGUUUUUAUAUCCCAGUUUUGCAUGACUGAACGCCCGAUCUUUGCUAGAGAGAGAGAACUGUGUAAAUACUACAUGGACAUAUCAUCAUUACAAUCAACACUCCCUUCUCCUGUUCAGUUUAAAAUAGGACCAGAUGUGUUCAGACUCAUGUCAAAUGUGAAGUGAACCUUACCAGUUUUUGGUUGAAAAACUUUGAACUCUGUUCAGCCUACGUGUGGGCUCGUAGCCUUCAGUCAAACGAAGGGCUUUGCUGAGUGACUGAGCCAGAGAAAUCCGCAAAUGUUACAUAAAGGUCAACUUUUUGCACUCUGUCAACACUUGCUUUCUGAAUCUUUGUGUACACGGAAGACGUUUGCCUUCAAUGCUUUAAGAAGCUCUGUGAAUUGUGGUUAAUGUUUUUGAAAUGUUGCCUUUAAACUAAACUAAACCUUACCAUAUUUUAACCGUAAACUGAAAAUAAUGCAAAGAAAGAAGCUUAUUUUUAUGGCAAAUCCUUUAAUGUGAACUUCUCCCACUGGAAAUC